CAUGAUUUUGGAGCAUUACAUCAUUCAUUUUCUCCAAGCAUCACACCAUUCACUUUUUCUUCAAGCUUCAUAGCAUUUGCUUUCUUUUCAAAGGAAUGAUAUUUCCUAUGAAUGCCAAUUUAAUGGGUUGCAAUAGUGAAUCAUCAACUACUCCUUUGAAAUUUGCUUGGCAUACUUAAUGAAGAAAAAUUCAUGUUUUAGGAUGCAAUUUCACACACAUUACCACUUGUUAGCAUAUGUAUAUUCUUGCAUCCUUUAUCUCUCAUUUCCCUUCCAUGUUUAUUUCUUUUCUUGCAUUCCCUAAAAUGCAUGCUUUAGGAUACAACUCCACACACAUUAUCACUUUAGAGCAUAUUUAUGUUCCUUCAUCCUUCAUCUAUUGUUUAGCAUCCAUGUUUAUUUUUUUUGUCUUGCAUUCCCAUAAUCUUGUUUGAUUCUCUGCCUUCAACAAUUGAAAUAUGGAUUCAUACAUGGUCAAGUGCGAUUCUUCGUCAAUUAAGACACCUUUUGAAAUAUUCAUCCAUGGAGGAAACUUUGACCAACAAAGGAUUCAAGAGAUCUUCAACCGCAAGCAUUUCUUUCCUAUCAUUCAGAAUUGCCAAGUCCAGAGGGCAAGAUUAGAAGGACAAGAACCAAGAGCAGCCUCGAAGAUCAAAAGCUCAAGCACAUCACACUUCAUGUUGCUCCAACAAUCAAGGGAUUCAUCAAGGAAAGGAAUGCAACUACUCAUUAGACAAUUGUACUUUGAAAGAUCUAGAAGUCAGAUUUUACUAGGGACUUGAAUGCUACCAUGUUGAUGCACUUAGUGUGAUGUAUUAGGCUUUUACUUUGUAAUGAAUGACCAUCUUUGUAAUGCAUGUUGAACUGCUUGUAAGUGUCUUUUCUAUAGUCCUUGGAGUCUAUAGAAAUCUCAAGGCGUUCAAAGAUAUUUUGCUUCAUCCGAGGCUUCUUAAGGAUUGGAAAUCGACAAUGUGUGAAUCCAUAUAGCAAUUGUUGAAGCAUUAAAUCAUGCAAAAUUAUGGGAUGACUUCUAACAUUAUUCUGACUUUGUUUAUUUUUCUUUUACUUUUUGUUUGUAGGUAGGUUUCAUAAACUACUUCAAGAACAAAAACAAAAAAAUCAGGCAUGAUAGUCUCCCUAUGUUUUCUCACUCUUUGGAGCAAUGCAUCAUCCAUCUAAAAGGCUUUGCGAAUGAUGAAUCUGAAUACAAUGAUGCCAUUUCAGCAUUGUGACCCCUUUUGAGCCUUAAGAAAAGGCAAUCAUCCAAAUUAUAAGAGCCGAGAUGAUUUUCUUGUCAAUUUACCUACAUCAUGAACCAGGGGAGUGAAGAGUGAUUGUGAAGGGGAAAUACUUAUGGCAAGAGAUUUUGAGCCUUCAUAUCCUUCUUUUUGAUAACUUAACCCAAAGCCACAUUACAAGCCAAUAAAAGUCCUUAUCAAAG